CUGAGAAAUCAAAAUUUCAUUUACAAAUAUAAUGAUCCACUACUACGCUAGCCAGGUGAAAUUAAUAGAAAGGACGACACAACAGCCUCUAAACAUUCUGUUUAGGUCCGAAUAUUGGGGAAUAACGUGAUAUAAUGACAGCGUUUUGAAGAUACUCGAUUACUGAUCGCUUGAAAUGGCGUCGGGAACACCACCAGUAUAUCGAACACGAAGCAUAUGGGAUUCACUAUCCGCUGAAGAAUUCGAGCAGCUGCAAGCAUACACAAAAUAUUCUAAAAAACGACUAAAGGAUGUGCUUAAGGAGUUUCGUGAUGGCGAGUUCUCGCAGUAUAAACCAGAAGAGCCAAUGAACUACGAUGGUUUUAAACUGUUUAUUAACACGUAUCUUGGCAAUGAAAUUAGCGAUGAAUUAUGUCAACAUCUCUUCUCGACAUUUUGUAAACAAGUACCAAUAAACAAUGCGACCAUAACAAGUUUGCAGCAAGCAGAGGCUAUGAUUUCUGCUGAUAAACCAGCUGAAAGUGGUAUACACACUGGUAUUACAUCUGCUGCGAUAGUGGCCACAAUUCCUAUAACCUCACGAGAUACAGCUGUUAUUACGCAUUCAUCGUCACAUACUCAUUUAACUGGUUCACCAUGCAAUGAAGCUGAUCGUUUACCUCGCUCUUCAUCUGAUGGUAUAAAUUGUGCAUCACGUAUUUUACCUGCCCGAAGAUCAAUUAUAUCUCUAAACGGUAAACUAAUUCAAUGUCCGGCAAAAGGUUCAUCCGCUGAAAAUACACCCUCAAGUUCUCGAAAUAAUUCCACAAAGAAGAAGCAAUCGGUUACAGACAAUCUUGCGAUAUUCAGCACGAAGAAUGCUUUAGAGACUGUUGCCAUGGUGUCAAUACGUGAGAUUGCGUGUUAUUUGUCGUUGCUUGAAGGAGGAGAGGUCGAGGAUAAACUUGAGUUUGUUUUCCGAGUGUAUGAUGCGGAUGGUAAUGAAUAUCUAGAUCAGCAGGAGUUAGAGUCUAUCAUACAACAAAUGAUGAGUGUUGCAAAAUAUUUAGGAUGGGAUGUCACAGAGUUAAAGCCAAUCUUACAGGACAUGUUGUUAGAACUGGACUGUGAUUCAGAUGGUCGUAUAUCACUCGAUGAGUGGAUCAAAGGCGGUCUUACCACUAUCCCAUUACUCGUUCUAUUGGGAUUAGAUCCAAAAAUUCGAGAUGAUGGUCAGCACCAGUGGAGACAGAAACAUUUUAAUAAACUUGCACAUUGCAACAUGUGCCACUGUGCUUUGACUGGGCGCGGUUUCCGGGGGAGACAGGGGCUACAAUGUAUAUUCUGUAAAUUCACUGUGCAUGAAAGAUGUGUAAACAGAGUUCCUGCAUCGUGCAUCAACACUUACGUGAAAACCAAGAGAAAUGCGAAAUUGACGAUGGAUCAUCAUUGGGUCGAGGGCAACUGUUCUGGGAAAUGUCGGAAAUGUGGUAAAACGAUCAAAAGUACUCAUUCAUUGUCAGGAUUACAUUGUGCUUGGUGUCAUAUUACGAUCCACAAUAAAUGUGUUUCUCAAACUCGGUUGGAAUGUGAUCUUGGUGAACAUCGUAUUCAUAUUUUGCCGCCAACAAGCAUUCAUCCAGCUGGAAUGAAUAAGUGCAUAGAAAACGACAAAGAUCGAUCAACCAGCAACACAGUUUUAAACUUAGAUGGAAUGCCAAUACAGGUAACCCCCCUUCCAAACACACAUCCUCUGGCUGUGUUUAUAAACCCAAAAAGUGGCGGUCGCCAAGGAACAAGAUUGCUGUGGAAAUUUCAAUAUCUUUUAAAUCCAAGACAAGUUUUCAAUCUUGCUGAUGGUGGCCCUACGCCGGGGUUAAAAUUCUUCUCAAGUGUUCCUAAUUUCCAUAUUUUGUGUUGUGGCGGAGACGGCACUGCUGGUUGGGUUCUAGCCUCGUUGGAUAAACUUGGCUUGUCACAGUUGCCUCCUGUCGCAAUAUUACCACUUGGAACUGGAAAUGAUCUAUCUCGUCAUCUUCGGUGGGGCGGAGGUUAUGAAGGAGAGAGAAUUUCAAAAGUUUUAAGUUCAGUGGAAAAUAGCACAGUGGUCACCUUGGACAGGUGGGAAAUAACAGUCGAACAUUUAGAUAAAUCAGAUGUAGCAGACCGGAUCCCGUUGAACAUCAUCAACAACUACUGCUCGAUCGGGGUGGACGCUUCAGUUUCGUUGAAAUUUCACCAACAACGUGAAGCACAUCCUGAAAAAUUCAAAAGCAGGUUCAUGAACAAGUUUCGAUAUUUUGAAUGCGGUACAACGGAGAAUUUUUCAGCAACGUGUAAAAAUCUUCAUGAAAACCUUGAACUUAUUUGUGAUGGUCGAAAAUUGGAUCUGGCAUCUGGGCCAAGUCUAGAAGGUAUCGCAAUUGUGAAUAUUCCAAGUUAUGCUGGUGGAACAAAUCCUUGGGGAGAAGUGGAUAAGAAGAAAGGGAGAAAGAGAAAUAAGAAGGCGAAAUGUAAUGGAAAGGAUGAUUCUGACUGGGCAGAACAAGAUAUUGGUGAUGGUCUUAUUGAAGUUGUUGGUUUUGAAAAUGCUCUCUAUGUGGGACAAAUCAUCGCUGGCGUGAGAGCCCAUGCGCUAAGAAUAGCUCAAUGUUCGAACAUUACAAUAAUAACUAAGAAAUUGUUUCCAAUACAAAUUGACGGCGAACCUUGGUUGCAGGCGCCAGCGACAAUAAAGAUAUCGCAUUUUAACCAAGUGCCGAUGCUACAAGGGCCACUACCGUCCAAGAAAGGUUUCUUUUCAAGACGAAAAGGAGAAGUGUUGCAAGAUUUAGAAACGGAACUGUGAAGAUGCACUUAUUGCUACUACGUCCUGAGACAUCAGUGUUUUUAAUAACCUUUCAGCGCCUGUAGUGAUGGUGUGUUUUGCCCGGGAUGUAUAUAUUAUAUAUAUAUAUAAAUAUAUAUAUAAUGUGGGAUAUGUAGACAGUUAGGAAUAGGUAUCUAUAUAUGGGGGUGUACGUAUACGUUUAUUGAAGUAUCAAAUACUGAAAAAAUGAAAUUAGUUCGAAUGUACAGAACAGGUGUACUAGCAGGCGUAUAGGGUAAAUGUUUUAUUCUCUUUCUCAUCAAAACUGUAGUAUGAAUGAGUAUCUAAAAGUAGCGGAAAAAUGAAGAUUCCUGGAUACUGUAGAUCAGUAUUGCAUGGCAGGUUCACAACACUAGUAUAUAUUUAAUUGAAGAAAUUUUAGUGUAUUCUAUUUUAGUAUAUUUAACAGCUAUUUUAAUAUAGUAGCAGCGGAAAAACCUGUGAUGUAUUUGCGUGGUUCAUUUAUAUUAAGAACAGUUGAAAUCACAGCUGUUGACUCGAGUAAUCACAGUGAAGUGAAGAACGUGAAGUGAACAGUCUACGCAAAUAUAAAUUCACGGUUUUAACAUUCAAUUAACUAUUUAACAUUUGCAUUUUUUUCUUGAAACCAAGAACACAUAGUCAGACAUCUUUAAUUGCAUGAGAUCAUGCAUGCUUCUUACAUUUGUUCAACAUAUAACUUAAAUAUAUAAUAUCUGGCUAUGGGAACAGGGUCUGUCCCACUUUCUAACAUUAUUUAACAAGAAAAUUUCUCAAAUGAAGCAAAAUCGAUGAUGUUCCACGUGGGAGUUAAAGUGAAGCAUCGGUGUAAAGAUAGGACGAUCUCCAUACGAUAAAAAUAGAGUUACUCACUAACAGGCUAUACCCUAUACGGUGUAGAAUAUUUAACGUAAACGGUCAACAAGAGUUCAUUGUUUUAUUUAAUUUUUUCCCAUUGGCACAUGCACAUAUUCAAAGUAAUCUAGACUUAUUCGAAAAAGAGCAAAAGGUCUGUUGCGAGUUACAUGAAAACGAGGCGAGACAUAAAAUCAUUCAUUUCAUUUCAAAUUUUGACUGGAGAAAAUUAUUGUAACUGUAACAGGUCCAGAAAAAGUAGACACAUAAUUUUAAAAUUUUUACAACGGAAAAUCCGACCAUAGGCUUGUUUUUACGUAACUCGCCACAGGCCUCCUUAUCUUUUUCGUAAUAACUCUAUAUAUAGUGGGCCAAGAUUGACUGAUUACUGAAUAAAAAAGCCAAACACAGUUAUAGACCUUUGAUUGCUUCGUUUGAAACAAAAGAAACAAAUGGUAACAUUAUUUGUCUUAUUCAGUAAUCAAGCAAUCUUGAUGAUGGUACAUAUUUUAUAGAUAAUGCACUAAAAUGUAAAAUAGUUGUGUAAGGAAGCCAUGUUUACAAUGCUGUAUUUGCUGUUAUCGUGUGCUUGAAAUGUGGCUAUUUAUUUGGCUGCUCCCUUUUACACAAUAGACUGUUAAAUCUCGUUUGCGUCAAGAUAUUUAGCGGAUAAUUAUUUCACUCGUACAUCUCAAAAUGAGAUUUCAGUAAGAAGUCAUUGUCAACUGAGCUUCCCCACAGCCGCUGAGCGGCUUCUUAAAAUGCCGGCAUUACAAACACUAAAUGUAUGAUGUAUACAGUUUAUUAAUAUAUCACCUCGUGGGUUAACUCGUGUCACUUGUUGAUUUUUGUGAAAUUUGAGCG